UACCACAAAGAAGAGAGGUGCGCGAUGUGGAUUUCAAGAGUUUUGUCGGGUUUUCGAAUAAAAAAUGCUUCGCCAAAUAUUCGGUCGUUUACCCGGGGCACUGUAUUCCAAAAGUGGAAAGAAUAUGACCAUCGAUCGUGGUUAAAAUCGAUGCCGAGAAAAGACGAGGGUGUCGAGGGUGUUGGAAGUGUGGAAAUGUGUGGAAAAAACAGAGAUGCAAGCUUCCCUACUGAGUCAACAUUCACAGAUCUACGGAUAAAUGGGGUUCUUUUCCCUGACCUGCCCAUAGUCCACAUAAAAUGCUCCCUGAACAACACAAUAUGUGCACUAACGGACUCUAAAGGAAAGCACAUUUAUAUUCGUUCAGGUGGAACCGAGGGAUACAAAAAUGCUCGAAAAGGGACGACAGUUGCUGCGCAAGCCGCCGCGGCCGCGUUGGCUAAUAAGGCACUGUCAUUUUCGUUAAACGACGUGCGUGUUAUUAUUAAGGGACUUGGUCCGGGACGUCACGCUUCGAUCAAAGGUCUCGAGAUGACGGGUAUCAACAUUGUGUCGAUCACUGAUCGCACACCAGCCUCGGAGCGGCCACCUCGGCCUCGCAAAGCCAAGCGCUUGUAAAAAUAGCUGUAAUCAUUAAUGGCCGUAUUUAGCUUUUACGCAUAACGUAUGUCAUUCUGUCACUACAUCAUGUAAUUGGUAAAGAAUUUUCGGUACAUUAUGUGCUAACUGGCGUGUCGAGCCGCCGUAAAUGUAACACAUAUUCAUCUUUGAGAUAUAAGCGGUUUGGCCAUCUUGUACAGAUUUGUGGCGUUUGCCACCACUAAGUGUUUUUG